GUACUGAGAAUAUACCAAAUUGACCAAAUUUACUUCGUUUUCUCAGUCAACACAGAAAAUCCAUCUUCCAUUAAUAUAUAUAAACUAUAUUCUCUCUUGUUAUUCAUUUCUUUGUUCGUUGUCAACAUGGGUUCUGUUUUGUUCUUGAUUAUGUUAAUUCUUCCAUUGGUUUAUAAUGUUGCUGCUGAUUGUUCUAAUGGAGCUUGCAAGCUUGGUGAUGAGUGCAAUUCUGAUGAAGAUUGUGGAACUGGACUCUACUGUUUCGAUUGUUCACUUGAAUUUGAUGGGAAAAGGUGUGUGAGAUCAUCUGUUACAGAUCAAUUCAAGCUCAUUAAUAAUUCUCUACCAUUCAAUAAAUAUGCAUUUUUGACAACGCAUAAUGCAUUUGCAAUUGAAGGGGAACCAUCUCACACAGGUGUGCCUCGAAUUACUAUCACCAACCAAGAAGACACCAUCACCCAACAACUUAACAAUGGAGUUCGGGCACUAAUGUUAGAUACAUAUGAUUUUGAUGAUGAUGUGUGGUUAUGUCAUUCAUUUCAAGGUCAUUGUCAUGACUUCACCGCAUUUGAACCAGCUAUUGACACAUUGAAGGAAAUUGAAGCAUUUUUGUCAGCAAAUCCAAAUGAAAUUGUCACACUUAUCUUGGAAGAUUAUGUUGAAGCCCCAAAUGGUUUGACAAAUGUCUUCAACAAAGCUGGUCUUAAGAAGUAUUGGUUUCCAUUGGCUAGUAUGCCAAAAAAUGGUGGAAAUUGGCCUCUAGUGAGUGAUAUGGUAGCCAAAAACCAAAGAUUGCUAGUGUUCACUUCUAAAAAGGCCAAGGAACAAAGUGAAGGCAUUGCUUACCAGUGGAAUUACAUGGUUGAAAAUCAGUAUGGAGAUGGUGGAAGGAAAGAAGGAAGUUGUCCAAACAGGGGAGAAUCACCUCCUCUUAAUGACAAAAGCAAAUCUCUAGUGUUAGUAAACUAUUUUAGAACAGCUCCACUUAAGCCAAUCACAUGUGAAGAUAAUUCUGGUGGACUCAUUGAUAUGUUGCAAACUUGUUAUGGUGCUGCUGGUAACCGUUGGGCUAACUUUGUUGCUGUUGAUUUUUAUAAGAGGAGUGAAGGAGGAGGGUCAUUUCAAGCUGUGGACACUCUCAAUGGAGAGCUAUUGUGUGGAUGUGAUGAUGUUCAUACAUGUGUGCCUGGAUCAACUUCACAUGCUUGCUCACAACCAUAGAAAGUACAGUGACAAGGGCAACAACCGACUGGAAAUAAUUCAGAUGUUCAAUUACUAUUAUAAUUUUCAGUGAUUGAAAUAUGAAAGCACUACUCAUUAGCAUAGUAUUAUCCACACUCAUGGUUGUGACACAUCAUAUUAAUUCCAAUAUUGCAAAAAUAUAAAGAUAUUUAAAAAUUAAAGUUAAACUAAAAA